AUGAAUGUCCACGCGUCCGCCGUCACUGUUUGUGUGCCACUCCACUGUGCCGCGGCGCAAGUCGAUCCGCAGCGAUCCACAACACAGCCCCUCGCACCAGAAUCUGUAACAGACUCCUUUGAUCUGCGAUACUCACACGAUAUUGUUGCUCACUCUCUGUCUUCCACGCCUUCAACACCACUCACACCACUCUUCACCGUCAAGCAUCCAGUUCCCACAGCCGACUCCAUGCUGACUGGCCCCUCUCUUGGACCAUCGGCGGCCUCGCCUUCCCUCCAUCGCCGCCGCUCCUUCACCCUUCCCUCGUCUCUGCGCAGCACUCGUUCCAGGUCACGCUCUGGGAGUGCCCCGCCGCCGUCCUCCAUGUUUUCGUCCUCCUCUACUACAGUCUUCAGAGCCCGCCCAGACGACGCCGUCAUGGAUCUCCUCGGCGCUGUGGGAUGGAAGCUCGUCUCGUGGGGCUGGAUGCUCCUGCGAUUCACCAUCCGCCUUCUCAUCAACACAGUGUGGAUUGCUGCAAUCGCCAUCCCCACCGUCUUCCUCGCCUCGACGUACCUCAAGAUUGCCGCGCGGCUACGCGCAGUAGACGAGCACGCCGCGUUCCUCCUCCUCAACGUCAUCGCACUGCAGCAGCUGCGCACAGCUCUCUUCGGCAGCAUAUCGAAGGGCGUCAACCGCGCCGUGCGCCGUGUCAUUGCCGGCGCGCUCUUCGGCGUCUUCGCAAAGGGGGCCUGGGGCGAGGCGAGUCUCGUGUACGACGCCGGCCCGCACGUCAUUGGUAUCGGGCGACCGUCAAGGGCAUUGUGGAAUGCGGCGGGUCUGGGGCUGCUGAGAGGAGAAGCGAGCGUGGCGAGGAUUGCGCCCGUGGCUUCGCUGGCGUUGGGCGCGGGGAAGCCGUUUCUGUGGAGUAGACGGCGCAAGGCGCAGCUUGGCAUCAAGAGUUCCCCGCUCCGGCAUUCUCCUAUCCUCUGA